AUGGAUCACUCAUGCACGGAGAAACGUGCCGCCCCUCUGCAUGCAAUCCAUUCGCCUGUCGCAGGCGUUGAAAAGGCAGACUCUGGCAACAUCACACAAAAUGCCGUCGAUGAGAAAUCAUUAGAUGCAGGAAACGAUACUGAUUCUUCAGGCGGACUGGAGCGUUGGAACGGGUCGCGCAAUAAUACAGCUCGCUUCCUGGUUGUCAACCUGGCUCUCUUCAUCAUGGGCAUGAACGAUGCCUGCAUAGGUGCACUUCUUCCAUAUCCCACCCAGAUUGAACCAUACUACAACGUCAACUACACCCAAGUGUCGACCCUCUUCGCCGUCCCAUUCGUCGGCUACGUCGCCGCCGCCCUCUCCAAUAACUGGAUUCACUACACCUUUGGCCAGCGCGGCGUCGCCCUCAUCGGGCCCAUCUGCCGUGUCGCUGGUUACCUGCCAAUGGCGCUGCACCCGCCCUUUCCUGUGCUGCCCAUCGCCCUCCUCGUCGCUGGCUACGGCAACGGCAUCGAGGACAGCGGAUACAACGCCUGGGUCGGCAAUAUGCACCGCGCCAACGAGCUCCUCGGCCUCAUCCACGGUGCGUACGGCCUCGGCGCCACCAUCAGCCCCCUCAUCGCCUCCGCCAUGGUCACCAAGGGCGGCCUGCCGUGGUACACCUUCUACUAUGUCAUGAUUGGCAUGGUCUGCUUUGAGUUCGUCGUCGGUCUGCUGGCCUUCUGGCCCCACGACGGCGCAUCCUACCGCAGAAGGCUGGCGUACGAUGGUGACGGCAAGGAGCGCAUCACCACGCGUCAUGUCCUCAAACAGCCUCUUACCUGGGUCGUGGCUGUAUUUUUACUCGGCUACGUCGGUGUAGAAGUCAGUCUCGGAGGCUGGAUUCCGACCUUUAUGAUAAAGGUCCGUCACGCGGAACCCUUCUUGGCCGGCCUGUCGGUAACAAUGUUCUGGCUUGGAUUGACCCUUGGCCGUGUCAUUCUGGGCUUCGUCACCGGACGCAUUGGCGAGAAGCUCGCCAUCACAGUGUAUAUGCUCCUCAGCAUCGCCUUGCAGUUGCUGUACUGGCUUGUGCCCAACUUUGCCGCGUCGCUCGUCUUCAUCAUCCUCCUCGGAUUCUUCCUCGGUCCCCUCUUCCCAGCCGCAAUUGUGACAGCUACCAAGCUGCUCCCACCCGAGUACCAUGUCAGUGCGAUUGGAUUCGCAGGCGGCUUCGGCGGCGGCGGCGCGGCCAUCAUUCCAUUCGGGGUUGGGGCCAUUGCACAGAGCAAAGGUGUCUCCGUGCUGCAGCCGAUUGUCCUGGCCUUUCUCAUCUUUGACCUUAUUGGCUGGCUGGUCAUGCCCGGAGGGUUCAAGAAGGGCGGGCUGGAGAGAGCUCGUGAGGAAAAGACACCUGUGGGUGGUGAUUUUGUCAAGGCGGGCAAGUGGGUGGCAGCAAAGGCACGAAGAAACUAG